GGAACGGCCGAGCCCCUAUUACGACCGCCCACAUAUCUGACAGACGUUUUUGCCAUCCAAUUAGAGCUUUGCUCUCUAUUGAUGGACGUCAACAGUAACCAAUUGAUCCGCUGCUUCUCGGACCUUUACUGACGACUUCAGUGAAGGGGGAGGGUCGGUAGCAACAGUUGCCCGGGUGAGGGACGGAGCGGCCAUAGCCACGGUAGUCGUGGCGACAAGAACCCCGGCAACAAGAAUCAACAACAACAACGACCAGCAACUCGGGACCCCCCCCUGGCCCACCUUCAACUAACGGGCAACCCGUCCCGUUAUUAUUUGUGUACAAAUCACUUCCUUGCGGAACGGGGCACUACCCGAGGUGUGACGCUGAAGUGAAGCCGUGUGCUUUGCUCCACCUGGGUAGCACCCAUAAUGGCGACUCAAGCCUACGUGACAGAGCUCCAGGCAGCUGCCCCUGCCGCCACGCAGGGCACCCCGCAGCAGUAUGUGGCAGAACUGCAAGUCACCCCCUCCGGCAGUUCCCAGGCGUCAGGAGCCCAGACUCCCUCUGCGCAGCAGUACAUUGUAGUGACCGUUUCGGAAGGGUCCGUGAGAGGCAGUGACGGGGAACUCAGCCCAGGGGGAACCCCCACACCCACAACCGGGGUGCCGACACAGGUGGUACAGCAAGUGCAAGCAGCACAGCAGAGGCUGCUGGUCCAAGCAAGGGUGCAGCCCAAGGUCACUGCAGUCUCCCCUCUGCAGCUGGCUGGAUCAUCGGUACCCCAGCAACGGCUGGUGGUGCAGAGCUCCCCUCAGGGCACUAAGGCAGCACAGGUCUCCCUAACAGUACACACAGUGCAGCAGCAGCCAGCACACUCCCCUCCUGAUGGGGACAGCCCAUCUCUGAAGGCAGGACAAGCCCAGCCAUUGCAGCUCCACGGAACGCAACAAGAGCGAUCGGUCGUACAAGCGAAUCCUCAGAAAUCCUCCCCCGUUCAUCAGCUGACAGUCCAGGCUCUUCAGCAUGUCCAAGGGGCAGCCGAGGUUCAGCAGCUGCAGCAAGUCCCGGUGCAACACGUAUACCCCAGCCAGGUGCAAUAUGUGGAGGGAACCGACGCCACAUACACUGGCAGCACCAUCCGAUCAGGGUCCUACCCCUACACCGAGACUCCCCUUUACACCCAGGCUACGGGAUCUACAUACUACGAGGCGCAGGGAGCCACAGGGCAGGUCAGCUCUCCCACCUCAUCCCCAGCUUUGGCCAGCAGCCCAUCGGUGCCCAUGUAUGUGUCUGGGGGGCAGAUUCUCACCAACACCACCCAGUCCGCGGCCUCAGGUGGAACUGGAGGAGGUGGUAGUGGAUCAGGAACGGGGACCUACGUUAUCCAGGGUGGAUUUAUCAUGGGCAGCUCUACCCAGUCCUACUCUCAUACCACACGUGCCUCGCCAGCCACGGUACAGUGGCUGCUUGAUAACUACGAGACGGCAGAGGGGGUGAGCCUGCCCCGCAGCACCCUGUACUGCCACUACUUACUGCACUGCCAGGAGCAAAAACUGGAGCCUGUAAAUGCCGCCUCUUUCGGGAAGCUCAUCCGCUCGGUCUUCAUGGGCCUGAGAACCCGCCGACUGGGCACGAGGGGGAACUCUAAGUACCACUAUUACGGCCUGCGAAUCAAAGCCAGCUCCCCACUUCUGCGCCUGAUGGAGGACCAGCAGCACCUCGCUAUGCGCCAGCAGCCCUUCUCCCAGAAACAGAGGCUAAAAACCGUGCAGAAGAUGGAAGGUAUGAGUAACGGGGUGGGGGGCUCCCAGCAGCAAGCGUCGGGUCUGUCUGACAUCAGCGCUCAGGUGCAGCAGUACCAGCAGUUUUUAGAUGCUUCAAAGACACUUCCAGAGUUUGCAGAGAUGGAUUUGCAGGGGAAGCCGCUCCCUGAUGGCGUGACUCUGGCCAAUGUGAAGGCUUUCCAGUUACUGUACAGGGAGCACUGCGAGGCUAUAGUGGAUGUGGUUGUGAAUUUGCAGUUCACCUUGGUAGAGACCCUGUGGAAAACCUUUUGGAGGUUCAACCAGACGCAGCACAGCGACAGCACAAUAGACGAUGAAGCAGAGAAGCGGCUGCCCAAGGACUGCCUAGUGCUGCUCUCCAAGUAUGAGCCAUUGCUUAAAUGGAGCAGAGACUGUGAUCAUCUCCUCUAUCAGGUUCUGGUGGAAACGCUCAUCCCAGAUGUACUGCGCCCCAUACCAAGUGCCCUGACACAAGCUAUUCGCAACUUUGCCAAGAGCCUGGAGAGCUGGCUGACGAGCGCCAUGAUGAACAUACCCGAGGAGAUGGUGCGGGUUAAGGCCAGCGCUGCAAGUGCCUUUGCCCAGACAUUGCGGCGAUACACGUCUCUGAAUCACCUUGCUCAGGCUGCCCGCGCCGUGCUGCAGAACACUGCCCAGAUCAACCAAAUGCUCAGCGAUCUCAACCGUGUGGAUUUCACCAACGUGCAGGAACAAGCCUCGUGGGUGUGCCGCUGUGCAGACCGGGUGGUACAGAGGCUGGAGCAGGACUUCAAGCUGACGCUACAGCAGCAGAGCUCCCUAGAGCAAUGGGCAGAGUGGCUGGAUAGUGUCGUCUCCCAGGUGCUGAAACCUUACCAGGGGAGCCCAGGAUUUCCCAAGGCGGCCAAACUCUUCCUACUGAAGUGGUCCUUCUACAGCUCCAUGGUGAUAAGGGAUCUGACCCUCCGCAGCGCCGCCAGUUUUGGGUCUUUCCACCUGAUCCGGCUGUUGUACGACGAGUACAUGUACUACCUGAUAGAGCACCGCGUGGCACAGGCUCGCGGGGAGACACCAAUCGCUGUCAUGGGGGAGUUUGCAAACCCGGGCAACGCAUUGCGCACACUGGACCAAGACAAAGAAGAAGAAGAGGAGGAGGAGGAUGAGAGCGAUGAAGAUCUGACUCAUGACUUGCCCCUCACCAUGAGUGACCCCUCCGGUGCUUUGGGUUCUGAUUCGCUGGAGCCUCCCGCUAAGCUGGCAAGGAGCGACUCCCAAGCAAUCUUUGUACAGGUGCCUCCGACCUCCUAACCGGCCAACCGCCCGCCCAAUCAGCACCAAAGCCUUGUGGUUCCGGGGGCGCUACUGAGCUUCCCGCUGAGAGAAUCUGCUAGCUGCAGAGCUUGCUUGUUUCCCAAGGGCAGAUACCCGCCUGGAUGGGGCACACAGAGGCUCACAUUGUGCCAAUCAGUCUCGUCAUGGUGUGCAUUGGUGUAUACGCCCAUAACCACAUUUGCACCCACGAACAUUAUACUGCCACACUGGCCUAUGGAUUGUGUAGUCAUGGGACUGUCUCCGUAGCAACCCUUGCUCUACGUGGCUAUGAUAUAUAUAUAUGUGUGUAUAUAUACAGAAAUCUAUAUCAAUAGGACUGCAUCUCCCGGGGUGGCCAAGCUUGCCCAAGUCACCAGCAUUACCCCAGUGCCAUUGCUGUAACGCGGAACCCAAGCGCUGCCAAAUCUGAACUUGCUGCAUCAGCACCGCGGGGCGAGAACCAAUCAGAUCCUGCACAGCAACAAUACAUCAGUCUCGUCCAAUGCCUUAACCAGAUUCCAGUCCCGCCGUGUCACCGUCACGCUCCCCCGCCAGUCCGCACUCGCCGGGCAUCAUUCUCACCCCUGAAGAAGUUGUUGAUUAUUGGAUGUUGUGAUGUGGCUGCGGCCCCCUCCCCCCCCCCGCAUUAUGGCCUUUACCCGUCUGUCUGUCCAGCCAACUGUCCUAUAAGCAUCUGUACUGAGGGACCCUUCUGUAUGUGGGAUCAACCAAACUGCUUUAAAGCUUAGUUUUGUGUCAGUGCUGUGGGGUGAGAACGGGAAGGGGAGCGCAGGAAGAGGAGGAGCAGAGAGGGAAGGGGGAGCGCAGGAAGAGGAGGAGCAGAGAGGGAAGGGGGAGCGCAGGAAGAGGAGGAGCAGAGAGGGAAGGGGGAGCGCAGGAAGAGGAGGAGCAGAGAGGGAAGGGGGAGCGCAGGAAGAGGAGGAGCACAGAGGGAAGGGGGAGCGCAGGAAGAGGAGGAGCACAGAGGGAAGGGGGAGCGCAGGAAGAGGAGGAGCACAGAGGGAAGGGGGAGCGCAGGAAGAGGAGGAGCACAGAGGGAAGGACACCUGAGCGCUUUUCUAACCUUUUGUAGUAUUUCUUAAAUAACACAAUAAAUUUUGCUGUGUUCUGUACUGCGCUGACCAAUGGUCUCAUUGCAGUUGGUAGGUAACUGUCUCUUGCCCCCUAGUCCCUUGCAUAGGCCUGCCCUGGCAUGGGAACAGGGGGAGGGGCCUGGAAUGUGCUCCAAUCAGCUUUCAUAGAACCCCCCCCCCCCCCAUGUACAGGUCCUGAGUGGUCUGCACAAACAUUCCCAGUUCAGAAAGGGUGGGAAUUACAGCCACUAUUGAUUUAUUUUGGGACUUGGCCAUUAAAGGGAUUAAUUAUUUCAA